GUCGCAUGGUCAAGUAUCGAUAAGCUCUCGCGGACAGAGGACAUGUUUGAUACGAUUUUGCCUUCUUCGGACUUCAACAACGUUGCUGUAGUAAUCCAGCUGUGAUUGAUCCUAUUUGCUCAAACGCCACCCACGCUUUGGAUACUCCGAAUCGUUUCUGGGCGGGCUUCAGGGAUGCUGAGGACUUCUAUGUCUGUCUGCUGAGGCAGACGCGCGCGAGCGAAAGCUUCCUUCGCAUACUUCUUCCGUCCCGCGCUUUCGGCAAUCCACUCAGGCUUGUGGCCUUCGACGGGUUUUGCUCCAGCCUUCUCCCCAUCUUGGUUCAGCCAGCUUACGGUGUCUCAGUCCGUGAUCGAGAAACAGCAAACGCGGGCCAGUAUCAUGCCGGAAGAUAGGUGUUACAUCGUCUACACCUCUGGAUCUACUGGAAAGCCCAAAGGGGCGGUGCUGACCCAUGGAGCGGCGGCAAAUGGAAUAGUCCAUUAUGCUCUCUCUGGUCUCUCGCGAUGGCUUCUCUUUUACAAUCCGACUUUCUCAGCCGCACAGAGGACGAUGCUGUCAACAUUGAUCCAUGGUGGGACGCUACUAACGGCAAGCAAGAACAGCCUAAGCACCGAUCUAGCUGGCGUUAUCGACCGCAACCAGAUCGAUGCACUGGGAAUCACGCCGUCAGCCCUCACGCUUCUCAAGCCAUCAGAUAUACGGAGUGUCCGACUAAUCACCCUCGUUGGUGAGCAUAUCCCGGAAUCGUUGGUCCGUAUCUGGGCUGGCAUCCCGAACGUCAAGUUGCGAAACACUUACGGACUGAGCGAGUGUACACAGUUGAACUUUGGUCGCACACUCGCCGUUGACAGCAGCCCCUGUGUUGUGGGCACUCCGAAUGAUACUACAAUGGCCUACGUAAUAGUUCCAGGGAACCUACAUCUAGCUCCUGUGGGCGUGGCUGGCGAACUCUGCUUAGCCGGCCCUCAAUUAGCCGCUGGAUACCUAAAUCUGCCUGAGCUAACCGCUGCAAAGUUUCUGCUGGGCCGUCUAGAUCUGCAGAUCAAGGUCAAUGGGCAGAGAGUCGACCCGACCGAAGUUGAUGGUGUGCUUAGGACACACUCCGCCGUCGUUUCAUGUGCUUCGGUAGGAACUACAGUGGAUGGCCAUCUUGCCUUAGUGGCGGCUGUGGUGCUCCACAAUGGGCUUGGCUGGAGCGAUGCUGUGCCCCUGCUGCUACGCCAUAUGCGUGCAACGCUCCCAGCCUACAUGGUCCCAACGUUGUGGCUACCACUCGAAGAGAUCCCCACAACCGCAAGCGGGAAGGUCAACUUCGACGCAAUCCAAACCAUGGCGAUCAAGCGUGGAACCGCUGGUUUUGCAGAGCUUUUGGCGCGUCCAGGGGUGGAAGAGGAGGUUUUAGACUCCCUGCAGCUUCCAAUUGCUCGGGCCUGGGCUGAUGUGCUGGGCAUUGAUUACCUCGUCAUCAGACGGCAUCAUUCUCUACUCAUGCUCGGUGGAAACUCGAUUAUCGCCAUACAAGCCGUGGCCAAGCUUCGCAGUGAAGGUAUCGUGGUCGAGUUCAGCAGCUUUAUAAGUGACGAAUCUCUUGAGGAAGUAGCAUCGACUGCCAAGAUCGUCUCCGUGGACCACGCUGAUGUUGCUGAACCUUUCUCGCUCAUCGAGGACUCAGGGGUACUUGAUGACCUCCGCCAACAUCUCAACAUAGAAGAUGCCUACCCUGCGACCUCUCUACAGGCCGGCCUCCUAACUACACUGAACGGAGAAACAGAUGCAUGCACAUACCGUCGAGUCUGGAAUGCGACUGGCAUGAACACAGAGCGGAUGAGACAGAGCUUCCAACAGGUCUUUGAGGAACGCGAUAUUCUCAGAACAGGUUUCGUUGCAGACCGAAAGCCAUUCAUCCAGUUUGUGCGCCUCGAUCUCGAUCUCCCAUGGAGCGAAGUCCAAUGCUCCCUCGAAGAGUAUAUGGACAGGGACCGCCAAUUGGAGAUGCCUAUAUCAGGGCCGCUGUUUCGAGUGGGUUUCAUCUCUGGGAAAUACCUCGUGGUCACCAUGCACCAUAGUCUCUUUGACUUCAGGUCCCACUGGUUCCUAUAUGAGGAUGUUGCAGCGGCAUAUUUGGGAAAGAAGAUCCCAAGGAGACCCAAAUUCAGGCACUUUGUCAGGUAUUUGGUUGAUCGAGACAGCGUCAGCGCUCAAAAAACCUGCCUCAAUUUUGCCCCUAUAUCUUUGCCUUGUGACUCUUUCAUUUCACCUGGGACGCCACCGCAAGAGGUGCCUCAGAGGGUGGUGGGGGUGUCCAAGCAAACCAGCAAUAUCUCCAAGGAUCUUAGUAUUAGCCUUGUCGAGAAGGCGAAGCUCCUGGGCGUAUCCCUGGGAGCAAUCGUCUACAGCGCCUGGGCUAUACUGCUUUCUCGCCACCUUGGCAACAGUGAUAUUACCUUCGCUGCCACCGUAUCCGGCAGAGAAGUCCCAGUGCUGGACGUUCAGAGCAUAGACGGGCCAACGAUGGUGACUGUGCCACAGCGGAUCCAGAUCGAAACUGAUCAAUCCCUCAUUCGGCUAGCGAAGGCAUCCAUGACUGGAUUCGCUCGCAUGACGAAACACUCCCAGUAUGGAAUGCAAGAAGCCUUGCGAUCUGGGAAUCUCCAGCCUGGCUGUUUCGACACUAUCGUCAAUAUCUUAGUCAGCAACGAAGCCAGCGAUGAUGCUCAGAAAGUCUUCAGGAGAUACGGUGACCGGCCAAUCUGGGGCUCUGACUUCACGCUCCUUGAGGUGGAAGAAGGCAAGGUUGGUACCAAUAUCCGGCUUUCAAGCGACAUGGAAUCGAGACGCCUGGAUUUCAUCUGUGACUCGUUCGUCAAAAUCGUCACGACAAUGCUUGAGGAACCAGAAUCGCGAGUGUCGACCUUAGAUAUCCUUGGUGAUGCGGAACGGAGCUACCUAUCCGACACGCUUUCCAGUAGGCAUACUUUACGCACACCUGAGGCACAGAUGCUCCAUGCAGAGUUCGAGCGGCACGCUAAUCUCAGUCCCAACAUGGUAGCUAUUGACUGGGACGCCACGCGGGAUGUGACAUAUGCCGUGCUCAACAGCCUCGCGAAUCAGUUGGCUCAUCUCUUGAUAGAGCACGGCGUCAUUCCCGGUGACGUUGUGGCGCUGAUACUUGACAAGUCGGUUGCUACCAUCAUAUCCAUUCUGGGAGUGCUGAAAGCCAGCGGUGCCUAUGUUCCCCUGAAUCCAGAGCAUCCUCCCGAGCGAAACAGGUUCAUCAUCCAAAACUACAACACGAGAGUCAUGAUCAUCCACGAAGCGUAUGACCUUCAGACGGUGGUAUUCGAACGUGCAGCCUUCUCCUCACGGCCCACAGAGAAGCCCUUAGUAGCAACAACACCUCAACACCUUGCCUACGUCAUAUACACUUCAGGAAGUACAGGACAGCCGAAAGGCGUCAAGGUACCGCAUCAUACCGUUGCGACGGCAAUAGCUAGUAUGGCAGAUGUAGAAGGCCAACACGAAGGCGGAUGGCGGACGCUGCAAUUUUCCAACUAUGUCUUUUAUGCCACAGGCGGCACGCUCUGCAUGGCGCCUAUGGAGCGUUUGAUGUUCGAUAUCACAUCAUGCAUCAACGUCAUGCGUGUCCAGAAGGCACUUCUCAUGCCUACGGUUGCCAACCUCUUCGGACCAGAGCAAGUCCCGACUUUUGAGAAGCUCUUGUCAGGUGGAGAGCCUCUUACACACAGCAUACUGAAUCUUUAUGGUCCUACAGAGACAUCCAUCCUCGUCACGGCCAAGUCAGUCCGCGAGGGAAGCCGAGUUACGAACAUCGGGGCGCCAUUCCCAACCGUCAUGGCAUUUAUUGUCGACCCGGAUGGCGAGGAGCUGCGACCGUACGGGGCGUCUGGGGAGUUGUGCAUAGCAGGGCCGCAAGUCACCGCCGGCUACAUGAACCGCGAUGAUCUCACGGCGGUCGCGUUCAGAGACAGCAUUGCGCUGGAAGUCCGCAUCUAUCGAACCGGUGACCUGGCGCGAUGGCUUCCCGGGGGCGAGAUCGAGUGUCUCGGCCGGAAGGAUAAUCAAGUCAAGAUCAACGGCCACCGAAUUGAGCUUGGUGAAAUCGAACAUGCCAUUAGGCGAACUAGCUUGGUGAUAGACGUCGUAGUAUUGCUAGUCAAUGUCGCGAGCAAGGCACAGCUGGUAGCGUUGUGUGUGUUCGAAGUGAAUGGUCGUGCGCAAGUUCAGCCGGCAGAAAACAACCGUGAGCAUCUGCGUGCAUUGAGGGACCAGCUGGAUGGCCUGGCAACAUACAUGGUUCCUAAAGUCGUUAUUCCUAUGGGGGACUUCCCACGAAUGGCUUCCCACAAAGUCGACAGGAAAGCGCUGAAAGGAGUUGUUGAGGAACUUGGUGGCAUGGCCAUCAAUGGAUAUGCUCUAGAGAUGGCUGGAGAGCAUGGUGCUGUGAUAGCUGCCGAGACACCUAUGGAGCGAGCGCUGGAGAGGAUGUGGGCGGGACUCUUUCACGUCCCAGCUACACAAAUCGGUCGUGAAGCUAACUUUCUGGCUCUUGGGGGGGAUUCCAUUUCUGCAAUUAGCUUGGCUAGUACGGCUCGGCAUGCCGGCUUUAGACUGAGUGUUCCCAGCAUCCUCAAGUUCUCGAAGCUGAAAGACCUCGCAGGGGCAAUGCAAGAGGUCGAGAAAGCGGAGGUCAUAGCUCAAUGUGUCUUUGAAGUCGUCCAAGAGGGCAAAGAUGCCAUCCAGGCUAUGGGCCUCUCCUGGGAGGAAGACGUUGAAUACGUCUUUCCGUGCCCGCCAGGUCAGGCUGAAUUUCUCAACCAAGGCAACCGUCCGGAGCAGAUGUGGGUUCUCCAGACAGUCCGACACAUGUCCGCUGGAGUAGACCAGGAGCGGUGGAUCCGAGCAACAACAAAGCUGAGCAAAGCCAACGACAUCCUCCGAACCGUCUGGAUCAAGUUAGUAGCGAAGGGGUGGGUCGGAGUGGUGUUGAAGAGCUCUGAGCUCAAUCUUGUGAAGUUCAACCAUUCUGGUGAUGCCGAAGCCGUGACCAUCAUUGACGAGUUUUGGAAGCAGCCAUUCGCCGCAGGGAAGCCUUUCAUCAAGUACGCGAUCUUGGACCACCCGGACAAUUCUUGGGAUCUCGCCAUCAAGAUGGACCACGCCGUGUAUGAUGGCACACUCUUACGGGUUUUUGACGAUCACUUCCGAACUAUCCUUCAGGACCAGGCAAUACCUCGCCACGGACAGUUCAAAGACUUUGCUUUCCACAAUUUUCAGUCCGACAAGGUUAGGUCUCUGAGCUACUGGAAGGGUAAAAUGGCCCACAAACCAACCAAAUGCUCGCCUGCUGGAUGGGUAUCCACUUCGGCACCGAUGGCUAGGGCUUCAUUGAGACGAUUGCUGGAAAUACCUGACAUCGAGACCAAGGCGAAGCUCUUGGGUGUCACCCCGUCCAUCAUCUUCCAAGGCGCCUUUCAGCUGUGGUUGUCACGCGCCACUCGCAAUACCAGCACAAGUUUCGACUAUCUCGUGAGUGGGCGGAAUGUUACCCUGCCCGACCCCCAAAACAUCAACGGAACUCUUGCCAACUUCCUUCCGGUGGUCGCUACCGUCGAUCAUUCGACUACUGUGAAAAAAUUCCUCGAGCAGGCCCAAGACGACUUUUGGGCUAUGACGGAGUACGGCAACGUGGGAUUGGAUGACAUCUACGACGCGGCAAAUGUGUCUCGAAAGGAUGCGGGAAAUCAGAUUUUGUUCUUAUCGCAGCCUUUCGAGGUUGCGGCGAAGGGCAACCCCAAUGCAGCCUUUCGAUGGCUGGUCCUGGCCGAGUCGAAGUUGUCGAAGGCGCCAGGAAACCAGCACAAGAUCACUCUCAUGCAGAUUUCUGAUGAGAUUGCUGAUCUGAUCGAUGCCGUUCUUGACGAUCAAGAAGAAGGAAUAGUGAGGAGAAUUGGGGACAUCAUAGAUUUCAUCAUUUAG